AUGGAUGCCUUCAAGGAUCCCGAGCGCAGCAAGCUGAGCGUGGAGAAAAUGUUCAACUUUCUGACGGAGGCGAUGACCAUUCACGGCAAGAAGUUGGUGCACGCUCCCAUGCCAGAUCUUUCCAAAUUGGGAGGAGAAUCCGUAUCUACUCAAGUUCCACUGGAAGCAAUUGUGAUCGCGAAGCCUGAUGAUGGGCUCCCAUGCAUUGCAGAUUUCCAGACGACCUGCCUUUCCUUCAUAUUCAAUGGAUCACGGCUCUACCGAGAGCCGAUCGACUUGUAUGUGAUUCCAUCUCAUGACAGUGAACCACCAAAGCUUGGGGUGAAGAAGGGGACAUCUUGCCUGUUGCUGCUGUUGAUUGCAAGUGAUCUGGAUCCUAUCAGCGCUAAGGAGCUUUGUGUUGCCGUGCAAGACCUGGCGCUGCCUUUGUUACACUCCUUUGAAGGGAUCUUCAACCUUCCAGUCUGCAUCAGUGCAGCCACUGAUCAUGAGCAGCUCUCAUUUGAAAGCAUUCAAUUGUCAACACAGGGUGCCGAGCGACAACGAAAAGACAUCAUGAAACUCAGCCUCAGGUUUGAAAUCUUGCUUAAAGAGCAGCGCUGUCUUCCAGAAAAUGAUGGGCUCAAUGAUGGAGAGCUUCUGAAGCAAAUUGUGGAUCGUUACAACUCCUACAGAGCAAAUACCGCUAUAAAGCGGUGGCAGCUGUCCGGAGACCAGUUGCAAGCGAUCUCGAAUAUAGUGACAGGGAUGUGUCAAGAUGCACGUGACCUGAUCCGUGUGCACUUGGACUUUGAAAAGUGGGAGGAGUCCGGCUACAAUGAGUCAUUGCUUCGUUCAAGACGACAUCGGUUGAAUGAGUCACCAAAGAACGUUUCAGCAGAUUGGCAGCGGAUUUUGACGGUUUCAGAGGACUCCCAGAUUAUGGCCUUUACUGUUUACAAUUAUUGGUGGGGGCUCAAUGCAAGAAAGGUGAAGCGCACGAUGAGGAACAGACUCAGAUGGAGCGAAGAGGUCUGGAAUCGUCAUAUUGACAGGUGUUGCGUUGUGACAUGGGCGCUCGAUGCUUGCAAACCCAAUCCAGAUAUACCCUGGCUGCAAAGCAACUUCCUGGAUCCAAGGGACUACAACCAAGAUUUGGACGCCCUUCUCCUUGGAAAACCGAAGUUGACACCGGAAAUGACAUCUAUGUGGCAGGAUUGUGUCGGCAAACAAAUCCUCAAGAAGUCCGCCACUGCUGCCAGUAAAGAUAUGAGCACAGAAGUUGAGGACGCAGAGGAACGGCUCCGAAAUGCUGAAUAUGAUGUGUGCAUUACCAGUUUGGCGUCCGACUACAAAGAAGCUGUGAACUUCAACCUGAAGCGCACCAAGGUCAUUCACUUGCGUGACCAAAUAGAUAUUGGCCUUCGUGUUUGUGAACGCUUCAUGGAACGGCGGUGCCUGAUGGUUGCAAACAACGACAAACAGCAGGCUCUAGGAGCCUUCCAGCGCCGUGUGAUGUCGGAUGCUGCGCAGAAAUUCGAAGGAGCAGACAUCAGUAAGUUGCACAACUUGGGUUUUGUCGACGUGACCAAGUUUGGGCGAUUGUCUGCAGUGGAGAUUGACGAGGUCGCGAAAUGGACCAAGCGAGUACUGCAAAUCAAUGACGAUUACAGCGAGUACGUUACCCCUGAAAGCGGGACUUUCUUCAGCCACGAGCAGGGAAGGUCAUUGACCGACAAGGAGGAGACAUCACAAUGGUUGGCUUCACUUUCGACAUGCAAAGCAAUCCUCGAGGGAUGCCUGACCAAGAUGUCCUCAUUGAAAGGCCAAGCUGGCGUUAUUCACCAUUGCACCCUUUAUGAAGGUACCUUUGACAAGGUGGCACUUGAUGUGAUGCUGGAGCUUCAGGAGAGCGCCUACUUGGCUGCGUACAGUGAAACGCAAAAUCCUGCCCACUUGCUUACGCUUCCACGCAGCUCAAAGACAGACUGCUCGAGGACCUUAUUGUCAAUCCCUCAUUGUCACAAUUUCGCAUUGUCCCAAUUUGACUGGAAGAAUGCCCGUGGUCACAUGGCUAACACGACGCCCAAAUUUGGUGCUGAGCCAGAUGUCACAGAGAUCACAACACCAACAAGGCCAACCUUGAAGUUGCGCGCAAUGUCAGCUGACGGGCACUUGCAAAUCCCAGAAGCUGUUCGCAAGAAGUGGCUGGCAGAUCCGAUUCACAGCAUCUUGGCCUUGAUGUUUGUGGAUUUGGGGAAACCUGCAGUGGAGAAUGCGACAGCGACUGAAGUGGAGGAUGUGCCACCAAAAAUGACUGCCGAAGAGUUCAAGCAGAAAUUCCCAGAGAUCAAGAUCAGUGUCACCUUAAAUAUGGGACAGAAUGUUGUUCUUCAUUGUGUCGAGGGUGGCCAGCUGUUCUUGACCACAGCAGCGAAAUUCCGACUGGUUGGCGUGAAUGCCAACAACCCGAAACCGCUGCUGUGCUAUGCUGGAGGAACAUGGAUCUCAGACAAUGCCAAGGCGAAGGAUUACUUGAGCAAGCCGACCAAUGAAGACAAGGUAGUCCUCGAGGAACAAGCUCAAGGCCAACCUGCGCAGGAUUCGGCGCCAACAACCUUGUUCAACUUGAUGUUGACCCUCGAGAAGCGCGGCAUUUUGGAUUUUGCAGUGACUGGCCACAAGGCUUCGAACAUUGCCGGGUACAUUGGCAUGAAGACGCUGCGCAAGUCGAAAUACAUUACCAUGGUUUGGAGAAUGCGUCAUUAUUCCCGUGAGAAGACAUUGGGCCCAGCAAAGCCCUUGUGGUUUGUUGCUGGCAAUGGAUGGACCAUGGAGCCAAAUAUGGUCUACCAGAUCAUUUGA